AUGUGUCAUUUCCUACUUUUAUUUUUUUUCCCCCAGCAAGUAUUCAGUCUGUAUGAAAAAGCUUGGUCUGGUUCACCUGUGCAGUUUGCUUGGCAGAAAACUUUGGGAAAUUUUCUUGCUGUAACAGGAGGUGAUCAUGCUGUAAAAAUUUAUGAUCGUCAUGGUCAGAAGAGAAAUGAAAUCAGCCUGCCAGGCAACUGUGUUGCUAUGGACUGGGAUAAGGAUGGAGAUACUUUAGCAGUAAUCACAGACAAAUCUAGCACCAUAUUUCUGUGGGAUGCAAUCACAAACAAAACAAGCCAAGUAGACAGUGGCAUGAGGGAUGCAAUGUCUUUCUUGUUAUGGUCUCGAGUUGGAGCUUUACUUGCUGUUGGAACAACAAAGGGAAACUUACUCAUAUAUAACCGUCAGACUUCUCGCAAGAUUUCUGUUCUUGGUAAACACACUAAGAGGAUUACUUGUGGCUGUUGGAGUAUUGAAAACCUCCUUGCUUUAGGUGGUGAAGACAAAAUGAUUACUAUAAGCAAUCAGGAAGGGGAUACUAUAAGACAGACCUCAGUCAGCUCAGAUCCCAGUGACAUGCAGUUCUCAGUUAUGAAGACUGAUGAAAGAGUUUCAACCAGGGAAAGCACAGUAAGCGUAGUGGUUGGCAAGAAGACUCUCUUCCUUUUCAAUUUGAAUGAUCCUGAUAACCCAAUUGAUCUGAAAUUUCAGCAGCCUUACGGCAAUAUUGUAAGGUACAAAUGGUAUGGUGAUGGCUAUAUUAUGAUUGGUUUCUCACAAGGUUGUUUUGUAGUCAUUUCUACACACAUUCGUGAAAUAGGACAAGAAGUCUUUCAAGCUCAUAAUCAUAAGGAUCAUCUAAGCAGCAUUGCUAUAUCACAAUCAUUAAACAAAGCUGCAUCAUGUGGAGACAAUUGCGUCAAAAUCCAUGAUUUGACAGAUAUGAGAGAAAUGUAUGCCAUAAUAAACUUGGAUGAUGAAAACAAAGGUGUAGAUCAGAUGGCUUGGACAGAUGAUGGACAGCUGUUGGCAGUAUCUACACGAAGAGGAUCCCUCCAUGUUUUCUUGACAAAGCUUCCAAUCCUUGGAGAUGCUUGCAGUACACGGAUUGCAUACCUCACUUCUCUUCUUGAAGUCACCAUAGCAAAUCACGUGGAGAGCGAGCUACCAGUCACAGUCUCUGUUGAAGUAGAGCCCAGUUUUGUCGCUAUUGGUGUUUAUCAUUUGGCUGUAGGAAUGAACAAUCGGGCUUGGUUUUAUGCACUUGGAGAGAAUAAUGUGAAAAAACUUAAAGAUGUGGAAUACUUGGGGACAGUAGCAAGUAUGCACCUUAAUUCCGAUUAUGCUGCUGCUCUCUUUGAGGGUAAAGUCCAGUUACAUAUGAUAGAAAGUGAGGGUUUGAGUGCUCAGGAAGAACGAGAAACUCGACUUUUCCCAGCAGAUGAUGAUAAGUACCAAAUUUUGUGCCAUGCUUUAACUAGUGACUUCCUCAUAUAUGGUACAGAUACUGGAGUUAUUCAUUAUUUCUACAUUGAAGACUGGCAAUAUGUGAAUGAAUAUCGACAUCCUGUCAGUGUGAGAAAGGUUUUUCCAGAUCCCAAUGGAACCAGAAUGGCUUUCAUAGAUGACAAAAGUGAUGGCUUUGUCUAUUGCCCGGUAAAUGAUAAAGUUUAUGAAAUUCCAGACUUCUCACCAACCAUUAAAGGAAUCCUGUGGGAAAAUUGGCCAAUGGAUAAAGGUGUUUUUGUUGCUUUUGAUGAUGAUAAAGUAUACACUUACGUUUUUCAUAAGGAUACCAUUCAAGGAUCAAGGAUUAUUUUGGCAGGAGGCACAGAAGUCCCCUAUUCCCAUAAACCUUUGUUGUUGUAUAAUGGAGAAUUAACUUGUCAGACUCAGAGUGGGAAAACAAACAAUAUCUAUUUAAGUACUCACAGUUUCCUUGGCAAUUUGAAAGACUUUGGACCCGAUGUGCUGAGACAAAUGCUUACUCAGACUCUAAUGUUGAAAAGGUUUUCUGAAGCAUGGGAGGUUUGCAGACUUCUGAAUGACCAGUCUUGUUGGAGUGAGCUGGCCAAAGCUUGCUUACAUCAUAUGGAGGUGGAUUUUGCAAUACGUGUUUAUCGAACAUCUGGUAAUGCUGGGAUGGUGAUGUCACUAGAGCAAGUAAAGGGAAUAGAAGACCACAACCUUUUAGCAGGACAUCUUGCAAUGUUUACUAGUGAUUUUAAUCUGGCUCAGGAUUUGUAUCUGGUGUCCUCCUGUCCUGUUGCUGCUCUUGAGAUGCGAAAAGACUUGCAGCACUGGGACAGAGCACUUCAGCUGGCUAAGCGUCUGGCCCCAGACCAAAUCCCUUUCAUAUCAAAGGAAUAUGCAGUGCAGCUUGAAUUCAUGGGUGAUUAUGUUAAUGCUUUGGCCCAUUAUGAGAAGGGAAUCACUGGAAACAAUAAGGAACAUGAUGAAAUUUGCCUUGCUGGAGUGGCUCAAAUGUCCAUUCGAAUGGGAGAUAUCCGUCGAGGGGUAAACCAGGCCAUUAAACAUCCCAGUAGGUCACUAAAAAGAGACUGUGGAGCUAUUCUGGAGAAUAUGAAGCAAUUUUCAGAAGCUGCUCAGCUGUAUGAAAAGGGACAAUAUUAUGACAAGGCAGCAUCAGUAUACAUCCGGUGUAAAAACUGGGCAAAGGUUGGUGAACUUCUUCCUCAGGUUUCAUCUCCAAAGAUUCACCUACAAUAUGCAAAGGCCAAGGAAGCAGAUGGCAGGUACACAGAAGCUGUGAUAGCUUAUGAACAUGCAAAACAAUGGGAUAGUGUAAUUCGAGUAUAUUUGGAUCACCUAAAUAAUCCUGAAAAGGCUGUUAAUAUUGUGAGAGAAACACAGUCUCUUGAAGGAGCAAAGAUGGUGGCCAGAUUCUUUCUGCAGCUUGGUGACUAUGGUUCUGCUAUUCAGUUCCUGGUUUUGUCCAAAUGUAAUAAUGAAGCUUUCACAUUGGCUCAACAACACGACAAGAUGGAGAUUUAUGCUGAUAUCAUCAGUUCUGAAAGUACUACCAACGAAGAUUAUCAGAGCAUUGCACUAUAUUUUGAAGCAGAAAAGAAACAUUUUCAGGCGGGGAAAUUUUUCUUGCUGUGUGGUCAAUAUGGACGGGCAUUAAGACACUUCCUGCAAAGUCCAAGCACAGAAGAUAACUUGGCUAUGGAAAUGGCAAUUGAAACAGUGGGACGGGCAAAAGAUGAAGCCCUAACAAAUCAGCUGAUUGACUAUCUUAUGGGAGAGGGGGAUGGCAUGCCCCAGGAUGCCAAGUACCUGUUCCGCUUGUACAUGGCCCUAAAGCAGUACCGAGAUGCUGCCAGAACUGCCAUAAUAAUUGCCAGGGAGGAGCAGUGUUCAGGAAACUAUCGAAAUGCACGUGACGUUCUUUUCAGUAUGUAUUCAGAGUUAAAGACCCAGAAGAUUAAAAUCUCUUCUGAGAUGGCUACAAACCUUAUGAUUCUACACAGCUAUAUUUUAGUGAAGAUUCACGUGAAACGUGGUGAUCACAUGAAGGGAGCACGGAUGCUUAUACGUGUAGCCAACAACAUCAGCAAGUUCCCAUCACAUAUUGUGCCAAUUUUGACUUCAGCUGUGAUUGAGUGUCACCGAGCAGGAUUGAAAAACUCAGCCUUCAGUUUUGCUGCUAUGUUGAUGAGACCUGAGUAUCGGAGUAAAAUAGAUCCAAAAUACAAAAAGAAAAUUGAAACAAUGGUCAGACGUCGGGACACGUCUGAGAGAGAAGAGCCAACAACAGCCUGUCCCUACUGUGCCUUCCAGCUCCCAGAAUGUGAACUACUGUGUCCCAGCUGUAAAAACAACCUUCCAUACUGCAUUGCAACUGGUCGGCACAUGGUAUGUGAUGACUGGACAGUUUGCCCACAUUGUGACUUUCCUGCCCUCUACUCAGAAUUCAAAAGCAUGUUACAGACUGAAAAUGUGUGUCCCAUGUGUUCUGAACGGAUUAACAUUGUUGAUCUUAAGAAAAUAAAUGACUGUACAGAGUACCUCAAACUAGAAGAUGAGGACCAAUAAAUUCAGGUUUGUGUUGGCUGGCAAAGCAGCAAGGAAAGCUCUAUCCCUACUUCACACAUCUCUUCCCCAGAAAGGCCUAAUAACAGCCAUGUCACUUCUAUUUUGUGAUAUCUGUAACUAUUUAGCUUUUGAUAAAUUUUGUACUUUAGUUUAUUACUAUAAUAAAGCUGAUAAUUACUACAAACAAAAUCUGCAUUUUAUCUGCACCUAAGACAGAACACAGGGCCAUCUUUAGAAUGUGAGCGGCAGGAAGAAAACCACCUCCCUACCGUUCUCUUCUUCAUUAUCAGUUCUGAACUGUUUUGAAUAUUUUUAAUUAAACAUUUUUUACUCUUUAAAUAUUCCUUUCUGGUUUUGAUUAAAGAUAUAACUUGUUCAAGUACAGGCUACUCAAGCUUUGGAAGUAAAUCCCUCACUGCUUUUCUGUGUCUCUAACUGAACAA